AUGCACCACAAUUUUGCUAUCUCACAAUUAAGUUUAUUCAAUUUUAACGUGUUUGUUUGGUACACUAAAAUUCUCAACUACCUCCUAACUCCCCAAAAAAACCCAAAGGUCCGCAAAGUAUUGCAGCUUCUUUGUCUUCGCCAGAUCUUUAAUGGUAUCUUCGUUAAGCUUAACAAGCCUUCGAUUAACAUGCUGAGGAUUGUGGAACCAUAUAUUGCAUGGGGUUACCCAACCCUGAAGUCUGUGAAUGACUUGAUUUAUAAACGGGGUUAUGGCAAGAUCAAGAAACAGAGAAUUGCCCUGACUGAUAAUGCCCUUAUUGCAAAAUCUCUUGGUAAAUAUGGAAUUAUCUGCAUGGAGGACUUGAUCCAUGAGAUCUACACUGUUGGCAAGCACUUCAAAGCUGCCAACAAUUUCCUGUGGCCCUUCAAAUUAUCAUCUCUAUGGGGUGGAAUGAAGAAAAAGACUACACAUUUUGUGGAAGGUAGAGAUGCUGGUAACAGGGAAGACCAGAUCAACAGGCUUAUUAGAAGAAUGAACUAAAGGUCUCUACCAUGAUUGUUUUUCUAAUGGUCUGUUAUUAAAAAUGCCUAUGAUAAAAAAAAA